GUUUCCACUGUAUAAAUUAAAUCAUGUUAAUACCAGAAUGGACGUUUAAAGGCCAAAAGGUGAAAGCCAAAAUAUGUCAUUUUGCAUCUGAACCAUCUCUAACCACUUCCUCAUGAGAAUUGGCGCUCCAGUCCGGAGUACUACAGAAUCUACAACUUGUUCGCUUCACCCGAGAAGAAAAUGUUGUUGAAGUGCCUUUACCACCGAUGCAGUUUCAAGUCGAAUUUCAGUAAACGAGCCAUUCAUUUCGGUAGUCGGAGUACAGAUAACCGAGGACCUGAUCUGGCACGAACACAUCUCGUCAAUAGCGGCAGAUGCUGCGAAAAAGCUUAGGGCUAAGAAGUACUUCUCACUCUAUACAAGGCCCAGAUUGCUCUCACGUUUGGGGGCUGCCGCCCCAACUACAGUAGUUAUGCUCGAUGCUGUCCAGAGGAGGGCUGUCCGACUGAUCGAUGACUUGUCUAACAGGCAGUCUCGGGACCCUUUCGCAUCGGCGGGCCGUCGGCGAUCUAGCUCUGUUCUACCGCGACACCAACCGGAUUUGCUCCUCAGAUGUCUCUUCCAUGAUGCCGCCGCGCUAUGUGCCUGCCAGACAGUCCCGUUCCUUUGUCCCGAGGGUGUCGAGAUUGUGGAACAAUCAACAAGAGGAAGUUUUUCCCGGUUCUACUAACCUUAGGCAGUUCAAAAAUCGAAUUAACAAAAUUUCUUUUGGAUCAUCAUAGCAGCCGCGGUGUCUCAGCAUUUAGACUUCUGCCUACGCGACUGC